CUUCUUUACUCUUCUUAAACUUCUUUGCUCUUCAUAGAUUAUCAUUUGUCAAAAGAAGUGGUUUCAUUAACCAGCAAUGGAUCAAACAACUUUCUCCACAAAAAAUUCCAGUUUAAAAAGCUCUGAACUCUAAAAAUUCCCCCAUUGUUGACGACUGAGAGUUGAGUAGUGCCAGAUAUAGAUAAAAGAACAAAUAAAAGAAGAGAAAGCGAAAGUCGUCCCAGUCUUCAGUUGUCAGAUUUUCACAAUAAGUUCGUACCUAAUGCAGAUGCUUCGGAAGAAAUUGGAAUUGUAUUCGAGAAAACAAAACGGAUAAGAGCUUCUAGCGCUCUGGUUGUAGUAGACAUUAAUUAAUGUUAAUUUGCUGGACUUGCCUGCUUUAACACGAAAGAUUAAGAUUCAUGGAUUAUUUUUUACGCUUUCAUAAUUAUAUGUUCCCAAGUUAUUUUCUUGGUUGGUAGUUAGUCGGAGAAAGAUGAAUGUGGUCGGUAAGGUCGGGAGCCUCAUAUCACAGGGUGUUUACUCUGUUGCUACCCCAUUCCAUCCUUUCGGUGGUGCUGUUGAUGUUAUCGUCGUCGAGCAGCAGGAUGGGACCUAUCGCAGCACGCCCUGGUAUGUACGAUUUGGCAAAUUCCAGGGUGUCCUCAAAGGUGCUGAGAAAGUUGUUCGCAUCUCUGUAAAUGGUGUUGAGGCUGAUUUCCAUAUGUUCCUUGACAACUCAGGUGAAGCUUAUUUCAUAAGAGAGGUAGUGUCUGGUAAAGAUAGCAAUAUAGAUGGGGUUCUUAAGGAUUCUGAUGCUUCUGAAAUUGCACCAGAUGAUGCCAAUAAUAACAAUAACAACAACAACAACAAUAAUGACAGUGGCAGUGUGAGUGACGAUAACAGAAUCAAUCUUUGUAUUUUUCGAAAUAAGAGCACUGUAUCCAAUGCUGAGGAAGUCCAAUUUUCUGUUGAAUCUGUUUCAUUAAGUAUCAAUCAAAUUGAGAAUGGUGAAGCUGAUGAUGAGAAGCAGCCUUGUGAACCCCAAGACCAGCGAUUGCCUGGAGAGGGUUCUGUGGGAUCAUCAGGGUACAGAGGUUACCACUAUGAGAGCUUAGAUCACGUGGAAGAUGUAGUGGAAUCUCAGGGUUCUGAUUCAGAAGUGGUCUUGGUUAGUGUUGAUGGUCAUGUACUGACGGCACCUUUCUCAUCGGAAGAGGCCACAGAUGAUGUGCAAUUGAGUACACCUCAAUUUCAUCUUGGUCCAGGGGAAGGAUCAGAGUUUAAUGGUGAUAAUGAGGAAAUUGGUACCAGUGAAGAUGCAUGGGCUGCUGACUAUUUAAGUGAUACGGAUGCAUCUGAAUCUAUCACUGCAUCAUCAGGCUUUCCCCCUGUCUAUGAUAAUAGUAGUGGUCAUGGGCAUUUAAAUGAAGUUUUUGAAGUUUCUGGUGAAUAUGUUAACAGAACUCAAGAGACUUGCCACACUGAAAAUGUGGAAGGAGAUGAAGUUGGUGGGAUCAAUAGAGAGAUUUUUGGGAGUUGCUUGGAGCUUUCAGAAUUAACCUUACACAUCGAAGAUGCAGAUUCACGGGAUGCUGGUUCUAUAGGCAUGAAAUUGAUGAGAAGGAAGGGCUGUGAAGAUUCAGAAGAGAAUUCUCCUUUUAGUCUACCUGCAGAAGGGCUGAGUGAAGGCACAGGUGAUCUUAAAGUUGAGAAUGGUGCAGAGUUCCUUUCGCCUAGCUCAGAUUCUCGUUGCAACAUUAAUUCUCAUGAUUUAAGCAUUGAGAUCAAGAACUUCAAGGACAACUCCAUGGAAAUUGAGAAUUCAGGUGGCAUGUCUGUUCAUUCUUUAAAUAAGAAUCCAGGAUGGGAGGAUGAACAACUUGGUUUGGCAGCAGAAGCUCAAAAUAUACAAAGUGGUCCAGGAAGACCUGAAUGUGGAGAAGUAUGCAGUAAAAGCGAGGUAGCAGAACCUCAGAAAGAGACACACAGCUCUGAACCUGGUGUACAGAUAAGGUCUGGCUCAGGCAUGGGAUUUGAGAUUUCACUUUGUGGUAACUUACUCCAUGCUGGUAUGGGGUUGGGUCCUGCUGGUGAAGCUUUUGAUGCACAUUGCAUAUCUGAGGAGGAGUUCAAAUCUUCUUCAGCAUCAAUCAUUAAGAAUGAAAACCUAGUCAUCAGAUUUAAACAGAAGUAUUUGCUUUGGGAUAAAGCUGCUCCUCUGAUUGUUGGAAUGGCUGCAUUUGGUUUAGAUUUACCGGUUGAGCCCAAAGAUACAAUUCCUGUGGAUCAGGAAACACCAAAACCCAAAGAAGAGACGCCUGAAACAACAUCUUCCCCUUCUGGCCGUAGGUGGAGGCUCUGGCCAAUUCCAUUUAGAAGGGUUAAAACUCUUCAGCAUGCUAGCAGUAGCUCAUCAAAUGAGGAAGUAUUUGUUGAUUCAGAGUCAGGGUUGCGAAACCCACAUGCACAACCUAGUCAAACAUCCAGUGGUGGCAGCGAUUCUCCUCACAAGCAGCUACUAAGGACAAAUGUUCCUACUACUGAACAGAUUGCCUCUUUGAAUCUGAAAGAAGGUCAAAAUGUGGUAACCUUCAGUUUCUGUACCAGGGUUCUAGGCAUCCAGCAGGUUGAUGCACAUAUUUAUCUGUGGAAGUGGAACACACGAAUAGUUAUUUCUGAUGUUGAUGGGACCAUUACCAAAUCAGAUGUCCUAGGCCAGUUCAUGCCUUUAGUGGGUAAAGAUUGGACACAGUCAGGGGUAGCUCGACUUUUCUCUGCCAUUAAGGAAAAUGGUUAUCAGUUACUGUUUCUUAGUGCACGUGCAAUUGUUCAGGCCUAUCUAACUAGAAGUUUUCUCCUCAAUCUGAAACAGGAUGGAAAAGCUUUACCAAAUGGGCCUGUUGUCAUUUCACCUGAUGGAUUAUUUCCUUCAUUGUAUCGAGAAGUGAUAAGAAGAGCACCUCAUGAGUUCAAGAUUGCAUGUUUAGAGGACAUAAGAGCCCUCUUUCCAGCUGAUUACAAUCCAUUCUAUGCGGGCUUUGGCAAUAGAGAUACUGAUGAACUAAGUUAUAGGAAGAUUGGGAUCCCAAAAGGGAAAAUAUUUAUCAUUAACCCUAAGGGUGAAGUGGCCAUUAAUCACUGCAUUGACGUGAAGUCUUACACCUCAUUACACACAUUGGUCAAUGACAUGUUCCCACCCACUUCGUUGGUUGAGCAGGAAGAUUUCAAUUCAUGGAAUUAUUGGAAAAUGCCUUUGCCAAAUAUUGACUGAUGACUUUACUGACAUAAAAGACUGCCAAUGGUUCCUUCCAUAACAGGGCUAUUAGAUGAACUUGGUUAUCCCAAAAGUUGUUUUCAUGGUCAGUGAAUUUGUUCAUGUUCAUCUUUCCCUGCAAGAAUUAAUAUGAGCUUCUUAGUUUCUGAUGUCAUAAUCUGUAAGUUAUUGAUCCUCUUUAAAAGCUUUGGAUGUACGUGUUGUCAAGGCUUAUUAUGGAAUAAAGGCAUUUUUCCCUUUUUUAUGGUUGAGAACCCACCGUCUUUUUCUUCACAUCAUUGCAACUCUCUCUCUCUCUCUCUCUCUCUCUCUUGGAAAAGCCACAGAUGCAAUCAGUGGGAAUGGGAUGAAGAAUGGAAGAUUCAUUUAUUCUGGCAGAUUCUUUAAGACUUCCCAAUUAAACAGGAUAGCUUGGAAGCUUCAAUGGUUCACUGUCAAGAAGAAUGAAGUAAUUUGAAAGCUUGGAUGGUUGAUCCCUUUCCUCUGGUGGAAGCAUUCCCUGCAUUGCUCAUGAUCCUUAUUCCAUUCUAGACCUAGUAAUUAGCUCGGGAGAAUAGCUCUGCAGCACGGGACUACAUAGCCUGCAAUUGUACCAUAUGCUUUAUGUCCAGUGACAUGAUGGUUCAAAGGAUCAGGUUUCCUCAUUGGACAGGUGCCAAUUUGACAGUGCUUGAAAAAUCAGCAUCUUCAGAUUACUGCGGAGCUUUCUCACAUAUUCAUCCUUGGAAUUUUCUUAGAGUUGUCAUUACCAAUCCAUGGUGUAACUACAGUUCAUUGAAUCUAUGGCAUAGUACAGGUACAACACGCACCUAAUAAAGGAUUACAUUCUUUUGGAGCUUAGUUUCA